AUGGAUGUGCCAGAAACCCGGGAAACAAACAUGGAGGCGGUGGAGCUCGGCAAGACGUUCGAGGAGGUUUUGCCGCCGCUAGAAGGAGAAGAGACCGAGUACGAGGGCCGGUUCACGUGGCGGAUCGAGCGGUGGAGCGAACUACGGGGGGAGAAGCAUUACUCGCCGCGGGUGCAGGUGGGCAGAUGGGAAUGGGACCUGCUUGUGUUCCCGCAUGGCAACAGCACGAAGGGGAUUGCGAUGUAUCUGGCACCGCACCCGGUACAGGCGGAAGCGGACUGGUAUGUGUGCGCGCAGUUUGCGAUUGUGCUUUCGCGGCCCGGGGACGACGCGCGGACGCAGCUGGUGAGCCGGUCGCAGCAUCGGUUCAACGCGGUGGACAAGGACUGGGGGUUCUCCAACCUGAUCGAGCUGGAGCACCUGCGGUUUGCGACGCGGGGGCGGCCGUCGGGAUUUUUGAGCGGGGAUCAGCUGAACGUGACAGUGUACGUGCGGGUGCUGCGGGAUCCGACAGGGGUGCUGUGGCACAACUUUGCGAACUACGACUCGAAGAAGGUCACGGGGUAUGUGGGCCUGAAGAACCAGGGCGCGACGUGCUACCUGAACUCGCUACUGCAAUCGUACUACUUCACAAAGUAUUUCAGGAAGCUGGUGUACCAGAUCCCGACGGAGGGCGAGACGCCGGCGAACAGCGUGUCGCUGGCGCUGCAGCGGGCGUUUUUCCAGCUACAGCGCUCGAGCGAGCCGCUGGACACAUGCGAGCUCACGCGGUCGUUCGGGUGGGACACGGGCGAUGCCUUCACGCAGCACGAUGUACAAGAGCUGAACCGUAUUUUGAUGGAUCGCCUGGAAAACAAGAUGAAGGGGACGGAGGUCGAGGGGAAGCUAAAUGGGCUGUUCGUGGGGAAGAUGAAGAGCUACAUCAAGUGCGUGAACGUGGACUACGAGUCGUCGCGCGUGGAGGAUUUUUGGGACAUCCAGUUAAACGUGAAGGGGCUAAAAGGGCUGCAGCAGUCGUUUGAAAAUUACAUUGAAGUCGAGAUGAUGGACGGUGAGAACCAGUACGCAGCACAGGGGCACGGCCUGCAGGAUGCAAAGAAGGGUGUCCUUUUUGAGUCCUUCCCUCCUGUGUUGCAUCUGCAACUGAAGAGGUUCGAAUAUGACUUCAACUAUGAUCAACUGAUCAAGAUAAACGAUCGCUACGAGUUCCCAGAGUCGAUUGACUUAUCUCCUUAUCUGGAUCCCGAGGUCCAGGAGGACAGCCCGGCGAACGCCAAAUAUAACCUUCACGGUGUGCUCGUGCACACAGGGGAUAUCUCUACUGGCCAUUACUAUGCGAUGAUCAAACCAGGGCUUGAGGAUGCGUGGUAUCGGUUUGACGAUGAUAAAGUCUGGCGUGUCACAAAGAAACAGGUUUUCGAACAGAACUUUGGAUUCGAUAAGCUAUCUGAGUACGACUUGCGAUCCCUGACGAAAGAGCAGUACCAGAACUACCUCAUCGCUCGCCAGACCAGCGCUUACAUGCUGGUAUAUAUCAGGGAGGACAUGGAGUCUACUAUUUUGCAAGAAGUGACGGACGCGGAUGUACCGGAAUACAUAGUUAAUACGAUUGAAGAGGAAUUGAAAGAGCGGGAGCGCUUUCAGAAGGAGCGGGAAGAGAUGCAUUUAUAUGCAAAGGUAUACGUGCAUUCAAUGAAGAAUUUUAUUCACUACCAAGGGUAUGACCUUUCUCCUAACGAACGCUCCAAGUUAUACAUCCCCGAAUUGCAUGGUGAGGACGAAUAUGCUCUCAGCGUAAAGUUGCCGAAGAAUACCAAAGUAAAGGAAAUUUACACGUUAUUUAACGAAAAACUGGGUAUCAAAAGAACGGACUUGGUUCGAUACUGGACUAUAAACUAUAGGACGAAUACUAGCCUGAGGCUUGAUCUCCCUAUACUCCCUAGCUAUGAUGAAAUGACCUUGGAGAGUUUGAUGACAUCUCAGGGCAGGAAUACGGCCAUUGACCUCUUUGUUGAGGAGUCCUACUUUGACCUCGGCUACAUCCACAGCAUAUGGGAUGAGCUGGACACUUCCCAAAACUUUGCGGACGUUUUGCAGCAGGUAAAGGACAUGGUUAAUGAAGGACUCCUUCCAUCUUCAGAGACUUAUAUUAGAGAGAAAGACCAGACGCAGAUACUAUUGCUUGUAAAGAAAUUUGAUAUUGGCGCGCAGAGGUUAACUGGACUAGGACAUAUCCUUUUAUCGCAGUACUCUAAACUCUCUCAACUAGGCACGAUUCUGUCAAAGCUUUUAAACAUAAGUGAGGAAAUUACGUUUGUAGAAGAAUAUGGGCCCGAUGGGGUAGAAACGGUUGACAACCAUACGGAGCUUGUUCGUACGGAGCUCAUGGAUGGAGAUAUCAUAACAUUUGCAAUUAAUCCAGCAGAGGAAUCUUUGACAUACCCCUUUUACUCUUCAAUUAUUGAGUACUACGAUUAUUUGCGAAACAGGGUUAAACUGAAAUUUACGAAGACCAUGUCAUAUGAUGAAGAAUAUGUACUGCCAGAUAAUGAUGGACCGAAUGAAUUUGAAUUCUGGAUCUCGGUGAAAUGUACAAAUGAAGAGCUUGCCCGGGUGGUGUCUAAAUAUGUGAAUGUGAGUCCAGAAUACCUCCGGCUGUAUGCAAUUUACUCUAACGGAAAGUUUUCAAUGGAGUCAGGCAGUCUUCUAACGGAUUACUUGGUGAAGAGAUACAACAGGAAUUCUAUUCCUCCAUUUGGGUAUGAGGUGUUGACUAUUCCGUUAAAAGAAUUAGAGCACCUACGCUCGAUAAAGUUCUACUGGCUCGAGGACAGCUAUGUUCACUUUCAAUCCUAUGAAUUCCGUGUGGCAAACUCGAGCACCGUGAGCGAAUUCUUGGAUAAGGUCCAGGCUAGGAUUGGAUUUGAUGAUGAGAAGAAGAAGCAGGUACUCUUGUGGACGAACUCAGACUUCCGCUUCCAAGGUAUCCUCUCAUUGGAUUCCAAGAUUGAAUCCAUCGACGACAGCUUCUUGAUAUUUGCACGUGUCUUACCGGAAGAGGUCUCUGUAGUUUAUCAUUUGGAGCAGCUGCCAUCAGCAGAAGCGACCGACAAGUCAAGCGAAAACGAUCUCAGCAUUAGCAAGCAUUCCAACGCGGAGGAAACCAUAGUUAUUGUCCAACAAUAUUUUAAAGACUGGGAAAAUAAGCACGGUAUCUCAUUUUUAUUUACUCUACUCCCAGGAGAAACGUUUCCAGAAACCAAGAAGAGGCUGCAUGAACGGUUUGGUCUUGGGCAAAAGGAAUUUUCCAAGAUCAAACUAGGAAUUUUGUAUAAUACUGAAGAAGGUCCCAUAUUCAAGUCUCUAUCCAGCGAUGAUGAGGAAGUGGGUGAGAUUGUGCUGCACGACCUGAUGAACAAUCUCGAUUUCAUAACUAUGGAUCAUCCUGACAGAUCGAGAAACCAAACUCAUCAAGAUAGACCGAUGAUGAUCAAGAACUAG